AGACAAACAUGUUUACGAAUACUUUCCAAAAAUUGAAAACAAAUCUGCGGCUGGCGGUGAAUCGCCUCAAGCUGCUGCAAAAGAAGAAAACCGAGCUAGCGCAGAAAGCUCGGAAGGAGAUUGCGGAUUACAUCGCUGCCGGGAAGUUUGAACGUGCCAAAAUCCGGGUCGAGUACAUUAUUCGCGAAGAUUACUUGGUCGAGGCCAUGGAAAUCGUCGAAAUGUACUGCGAUCUUCUGUUGGCUCGUUUCGGGCUCAUUCAGCAAAUGAAGACUUUGGACGAGGGAUUGGCGGAAUCCAUCUCCAGUCUCAUCUGGGUUGCCCCGAGAUUGCAAACGGAUGUGCAGGAAUUGAAAGUGGUCGCCGAUCAGCUGGCGGUGAAAUACGGGAAGCCCUACGCCCAGGCCUGUCGUGACAAUGCAGUCGGCACAGUUGCCCCGAAGCUCAUCCAUAAAAUGUCCAUUCAAGCGCCUCCCAAGAUUCUCGUUGAACGUUAUCUUAUGGAAAUUGCCAAGAGUCACGACAUUGCCUAUGAACCCGACCCACAGGUGAUGCAAGGAGAAACGACGGUUGGAGUGGAUGCUUUGCUGAUAGAUUUGAACAAGAAAGGUGGGCCCGGGGAUUCCGCGGGUGGCGGCGGUGGAGGAGGUGGAGGAGGAGUGGCUGGGUUCCCUGACCCGCCAGGGUUCAAGGAUUUCCCUGGUCAGCCCGUCGUCCAAAUGCCUGGGGCUGUGGGUGGGAUGUCGCAUAAACCCUUUGACUACGCACCGCAGAAGCCGUUCGCUCCUCCUGUGGACAAUGGAUUCGGGAUGUUCAAUCCCUCAGUGGACACUCCUGCGAUGCCACCGAGUUAUCCUUCUCUGGAUCCGAGGGAAGCCAAGGAGAUGGAGGCAAACUCCGCCCAGGGGGGCGGGGGUUACAUGCAUAACAUGCCGCCGCCGCCGUACCCUGGACCGAGUAAUUUUUUGCCUGCUGCUCCCACGGUCAGUAAGCCAACACCGGCGCCUAGAGGAAAAACCAGCCCAGUGCCUCCCCCUGGCGGGAACAACGAAGAUCCGGAUCCGCUUCUUUCGUUGCCGGCUGUUCCGACCGGACUUCCGGAUGUUCCUUCGCAUUCCCCGACCCACGGAAACACGAAUAACACUUCCAACGUCGCCGGUGGAAGUAAUCCGGAAGACAGCAUCGAUUUUGACGACUUGACCAAGCGCUUUGAGAACUUGAAACGGAAGAAGUAG